AUGUAUAACAGCUACACAUUUGUUGCUAUUGUACUUUGCGUCCUUGUUGCAUUGACACCGUACGCAUCCGCUAUAUUCGGAAGCGGUGAAGGCAUCGUUUUGUAUUCUGACAAUCGAAAGACCCAAUCGGGUAUCUUGAGCUCGGAUCACCGUUGCACCGGAUUUCCCGAUCAAUUUCCUGCAUCCUAUGUCAAGAACACCGGAAAAACUCAUUGCGCCAUGUGGACAGGCAAAGAUUGUGCCGGAUCUGUAUAUAUCGUCCCCGCUCACUACGGUAUCGAUAUUCCACGCGACCAAUUCCAAUCCGUCAUUUGCUAA